CAUUACGGAUAGGGAUGCUCGUAGAGAGCCUCUCGUACCGUACACACCAUUUCACUCUUGGAAGCGGAAGGAUAAGGGGCCGGUAAUAAGUUUAUCGCCGGUGAAGGAAUUAGGGUAUAAUUGAAGAAGAAGAAGAUGGCUCAUGCUUGCGUCUCCAGGUUUACAGCUGGAUUCGUCUCCAAUGGCUCCUCCUCUUUCGAUUCUCAGAAGUUAGUUAGCGACAGAAAGAAUUGGAAGAGGUCAUCAUCAUCUGUAUACUCCGGAGGCAAUCUCUGGACACCUGAGCCUCCCUCUCCUCAAGGAGUUUGGUCCAUCAGAGAUGAUUUACAAGUGCCUUCUUCUCCGUAUUUUCCUGCGUACGCUCAAGGACAAGGACCGCCUCCUAUGGUUCAAGAGCGUUUCCAGAGUAUCAUUACCCAGCUCUUCCAAUAUAGGAUUAUUCGUUGUGGUGGUGCUGUGGAUGAUGAUAUGGCCAACAUCAUCGUUGCUCAGCUUCUUUACCUUGAUGCCGUUGAUCCUACUAAGGAUAUUGUUAUGUAUGUGAAUUCUCCUGGUGGAUCUGUUACAGCUGGCAUGGCUAUAUUCGAUACUAUGAGGCAUAUCCGGCCUGAUGUCUCCACUGUUUGUGUUGGUCUUGCUGCUAGUAUGGGAGCUUUUCUGCUUAGUGCUGGAACCAAAGGAAAAAGAUACAGUCUACCAAACUCAAGGAUAAUGAUCCAUCAGCCGCUUGGUGGAGCUCAAGGUGGCCAGACUGAUAUAGACAUUCAGGCAAAUGAAAUGCUCCACCACAAGGCGAACCUAAACGGUUACCUCGCUUACCAGACUGGUCAAUGCCUGGAGAAGAUAAACCAAGACACUGACCGUGAUUUCUUCAUGAGUGCUAAAGAGGCAAAAGAUUAUGGACUUAUCGAUGCUGUCAUCAUGAACCCUCUUAAAGCUCUUCAGCCACUUGCACCAGCUUAAGAGCCUGAAGGUAAUACUUCUGCUUAGCACUUUUAGUAGGCCUUUUAUGAACUGAUGGAAAUCAGAUUUGUUUGGGAUCAAAAUCAUUAGUAUCUGUGAUACAUUUAUGAAGAACAAAGUAAAGUUUUCUUGCUGUUUGGUUGAAUAACAUUGGCCUUCAAGGAAUGUUUUUACCCUUUGUAAUCGAAUUAUUGGCCCAUUUUAAUCAAUUUUCUAGUUUCAUACC